GGCGUCAAUAGAGCGAACCAUGUCAGGUGCACGGCGUCAGGGCACAAUGAUGAAUUUUACGGAGGAUGCUCCUGUAAAGAAAGGCUCUGUUCUCUUAACAAUGAUGGAAAGUAUAACGGCAUACAAAAACCAACGUGGACAACCCAAAUCUGCAACUCCAGAACAAUCUGACAUUCCAGUGUCUGCUAAUGACAUGUGUUCCCUUGCUGAAUGGCCAUCCCAUGCUCGCUGCAACCGUGCGCGACUACAGGAUGAAGCUGGUGGACAGAAGAAGAAAGGGCGAGGUGUUCUAAAAGGUUUUAAAGCAUCUAAGAAGCGUUUUGCCAAUGGAUCUGCAAAGCUAAAUAUUACAUUCUCUGGAAAAUUGGGUGGUACAGUAGGAAUGAACUAUCGUUUGUUCAAGGAUGACGUGGUAGUAAUAAUGAAAAGAAAGUUACCACUCAUUGGAGUGAGGACGUGGUCGGACAUUCACCCUACCAUUCAUCGACUCAUUGUUGCAGAUAUAAUAGACAGGUGGGACCUGGAAGAUACACCAGAAACAGAAGAAAAAGUUCUCAAAAUUGCAAAAGAGAGAUAUAGAGGCUGUCGAUCAACUCUAAGCUCCACUUACAAGGCAUACAAAACGGAUGCAGCUAGAUUGGCUAAUCUGCCUGAAGAUUUACAUCCAGAUGAGUGGGAAUGGAUGAUUGAGUACUUUGGCACUGAUUCAAAAUUUCAGGAACGCAGCCAAAAGAACGCUGAUAACCAUAAGAAACAGAAGACAAAACAUAUAAUCGGAUCAAAAUCUUACUCGCAAGUUAGUUUUGAGAAGAGAAACUUAGAAACUGGAGAAGAGCCAGAUUGUAUUGCUAUAUGGGAACUCACCCACACAAACAAUGGAACAUGGUCUAACACACAUUCCCAGAAAGUUUAA